AUGAUGGACGCUCCUAGCUGGCGCACGGUGGAAUUUUUUAGUGCCAUAAUCGAAGCCGAGUUCGCCAAUCAAAACGAUGGACCGAUACACGUCAAAGGAUUGCACAUCGGUGAGGCCAACAGCGAAACGGCGGGCUAUAUGUCUCUCAUCCACCGAGUAACGCUCGAAGUGGAAGUUGGACCAUCCCGAGAGAUCAAGACGCUGUCGUACAUCGUGAAGGAAAAAUCAGACCAAGCGUUUGGUGGUUCGCUGAGUGAUCUUUUGUCCGUUUUCCCGAAAGAACGCGUAUUCUACGAGCAUCUGCUGCCGGAAUUUGAACGUCUCUGGUUAAAAGCGGGUGGUGUACGCUUUGGGCCAAAGAUGUUCAAAGCAACCGAUGGCCAUGAAACGGUGAUCGUUAUGGAGGAUCUCAGCCGAAGCAACUUUCGGAUGAGACCGAAAAGAUACGGACUCCCAGUGGAAGAUGUUAAAGCGAUCCUUUCCAAGGUAGCAAAGUUUCACGCGACGUCUGUUGUGUACCUGGAAGCGGGAGGUAGUUUCUCCGAACACUUUACCCGGGGAGUCUAUUCAGAAGGGACUAUCGACGCCAUAGAAGAUUACUACGAAGUUCUCUACAGUGCUUUUGUGAAAAGUCUCGAGGCGCGAAAAUUAGCAGAGGAAUAUCUUAACGCUUUGAAACAAAUCGAUGGCCGCUUGCUAAAGGAAUGUUGCCGAGUUUUGCGUGUCAACGCAGCGAAUUUCAACGUUCUAAACCAUGGUGACUUGUGGUCCAACAAUGUGAUGUUCGAUAACGAUAACUUACUUUUGCUGGACUUUCAAACAGCGUUCUAUGGGUGUUUUGCUUCGGAUAUUCUCUACCUGCUAGUCACAACCGCCACUGAAAUACUUUGCGAUGAGCUGGAGGAACUGCUGCAGUAUUACUACCGGCAGUUGGUGAAUAGUUUUACCGCACUUGGCUACAAUAAGCCGAUACCGUCGUACGACGAGCUGUUCAGGCAGAUACAAAAGUGUGGGGUACUCCUUCUACCGCCUUUAUCGGAAGCCGUGGCGAUCAUGAUGACCGGUCUCACGGAGGCCAGCGAUAUGGAAAACAUAACUUCUGAUCAUCCGGCUGGAGCCGCCUUGCGGAACCAAGUGUAUAGUAAUCCGGCCUAUGGUUCCACGAUGGAAGCUGCUAGUUGGCGUUCUGUGGAGUUUUUUAGAGACAUAAUCGAAGCUGAUUUGUCUCCGCAGAAUGCCUGUCCUGCGGUUGUGAAAAAAAUACGUAUUGGCGAGGCAAACAGCGAAACGGUGGGCUAUAUGUCUCUCAUCCACCGAGUAACGCUCGAAGUGGAAGUUGGACCAUCUCGAGAGAUUAAGACGCUGUCGUACAUCGUGAAGGAAAAAUCAGACCAAGCGUUUGGUGCUACAGUGGUAGAUGUCUUGUCCGCUUUCCCGAAAGAACGUGAACUUUAUGGACAUGUGCUGCCGGAGUUUGAACGACUGUGGCUCGCAAAGGGCGGUGUGCAGUUUGGACCAAGGAUGUUCAAGGCGACCGAUGGCCACGAAACGGUGAUCGUAAUGGAGGAUCUCAACCAAAGAAACUUUCACAUGAGAUCGAAACGAUACGGACUCCCAGUAAAGGACGUUAAAGCGAUCCUUUCUAAAUUGGCAAAGUUCCACGCGACGUCUGUGGUGUACCUGGAAGCGGGAGGUUGUUUUUCCGCGCACUUUGCUGAGGGAAUUUUUAGAGAAGAUACAAUUGGAGUCAUAGGAAGACACUACGAAGUUCUCUACGGCGCCUUCGUACAAAGUCUACAUGAACGAGGUCUACCAGAGGAAUAUGUUACGCCUUUGGUAAGCCAGGGAAAGUUAACUUUUUCUUGCAGUCACACAAUGUUUUUUCGUUUUCAGAAACAAAUCGAUGGCCACUUGCUGAGUGAAUGCUGCCGAGUGCUGCGUAAGGAUUCCGCGAAUUUUAACGUUUUAAAUCAUGAUGAUCUAUGGCCAUGCAAUAUCAUGUUUGGGGAGGAUGAUGUUCUGUUCCUUGACUUCCAAACCGCAUUCUAUGGGUGUUUUGCAUCUGAUAUCUUGUACUUUUUGAUCUCAACUGCCACGGAAAUGCUUUGCGAUGGACUGGUGGAGCUGCUGCAGUACUAUUACCGUCAAUUAGUGGAUAGUUUUCAAGUGUUAGCUUAUGGUAAGCCGAUACCGUCGUACGACGAGCUGUUCAAGCAGGUACAAAAGCAUGGAGUGCUUAUUUUACCUACCCUGUCGGAGGCCGUUGCCAUGACGAUGGCCAAUGUCGUGGAGAUUGUCGAUAUGGAAAAGAUAAGCACUGAUCAUCCGGAUGGAGAAGCCUUGCUGAAACGCGUGUACAAUAGUCCGGACUUUGUUCAGCUAGUAGACCGGCUCAUACCAACGUUGUUCCACAUGGGACUAUUUUCCAACUUGACAGACCAAAACGAGGGAUGA